UAAAACCAAAAUGUCGACAUGUGCUUUGUUUGUAGUGUGGUUGACACUCAGCAUAAUACCUUGAUCUACUAUGAGUCAGGAGUUAGCUGAGCAGUACAACACUGAUUAUGAUGUAGCCAACAACAAUCAACCAGAAUGGAACAAAUUCCUCCCGAGGAAUGGCCUGAUCGGGGAAGAAAACAAAGGCGAGGGUACCAAUGUUUACAGUGGAACAGAUACGAACGAAAGACACUUUGCGGGCAAUAAUUUGCAAAACUCAAGUAAACAACCAGAGACGCGUUUCAGUAAUAUACAAGAUGGUCUUGAAUCAUCUAUUACCUCUGAAGGCAAGGAAAGGGUAAACAGGAUUCUUAAUGAGGUGAACAGCUUGUCUGAUGUUGAGAAGUUGUUGCUUUACCUAAAGCUUCCUACAGGAGCCAGUCCAGAUGACAGCCUACGCCAAACUCCAACCUCCUUCCUGCACUCUUCAAACCGCAUAGAGCAGGCCCAGGCAUUCACAUGGAUCCGCAGUCACUUGGAAGAGGACAGUGAGAUCUGUGUGCCUAAGCAUGAGGUCUAUGAUGAUUACAGGCUGUACUGUGAAAGUCAUAAUCUGAAGCCCCUUUGUCCAGCUGAUUUUGGGAAGGUCAUGAAAUGCGUUUUUCCAAAUGUCAAGCCACGUCGCCUUGGGCAGCGAGGACAAUCAAAAUAUUGCUACAGUGGUCUGCGUAAGAAGCUUGAGGUGCAGCCGCCAUCUCUUCCAGAACUGGAGAUCACACCAAAGAAGGAAAAGGAAGAAAAGACUGAGGAAGACGAGGUUUACACUGCUUCACGUCAGCUUGUGUGUGAAUGGGCACAUAAGCUUUUGGGAACAAAUUUCAACAAUUUACGAGAAUUGGCUGAGUUUCUGGUUGGGAAUCUGUACGUCAACAGUAAAUCAACUGCAGCAUUCACUGUGUUAGCUGCCAUGCAAGAUGCAGGACUUCAUAAUUCAAAAGUUCCUGUAUCAAGCCUGUUUACAUGCACGUCUGGUGGCAACAAACACAAGGAGACUCAGCUUCAGCUUCAACGGAAGUUGCAAGAGAGAGAACUUAUUAAGGAACAGAAGCGAAGACUACAACAACAGCGAUCUGAGAAUGAACGUGAGAAUGAUCACCUUCGUUCACAAUCUCUUGGUCAUUCACCAUCACCAUUUCAGUUAGCUGCAAAAAGUGCUGCUCGCAAUAUAACCAAGCUUCUGCAGUCUCCAGGAGCCGGGGACAACUGUCUCAAGACAAGCCCCCACACUCUGCAGGAAAUGAUAAAGCAACAAGACAGAAAGUCUGGUGUGGAGGCUACCAUAGACAACCAUUGUAAUGGCCACAGUGAUAUGGAUGUUCAGGCUGACAAUGGUAGUGUUAAUGGAAGGCAGAGUGAUAAUGGCCAAUACCAUGUUGUCAAAAAGCCAGCUGUAAGGCCUGCUAGCCAGUUAGGAGAUAUUUCAGAUAAAGCAGUUCAGAAGACAGAUGUUCAAACAGACCAUAAGUCAAACCCUUUAAACUCUAAUUCUGAAACAAAUUCUGAAAAUGGACAUUUUGCUUUGCCAACAACUCCUUCACGCAGUGCUUUUGUACCUGUAUCAAAUCAAAGAAAGGAUUUUUGUUCCACAACAACACAUCCUAAUUCAGGUUUGAUAGACUUCUUAGAGGAAUCAGGAGAAGACAAGCAUACUUUACUAACUGAAUCUUUUGACACUGAUUCAAAGACCAAUGGGAAGUCAAACUAUUUAAAGGACAUGCUUCAGAGAGAAACAAGUUCUGAUAACAAAUCCAGCAACUCACCUGUUAUUGUCAGUGGUGAAAGUAGCACAAGUACUGUUCCUUCGUCACCUCAGACACCUAAGAAGUCUCGAAGUCGCUUUACACCAAUACGCCCUAAAAUAACACCAACAAAGACUGUAUCAUCGAUCCUCAAAGACCACAAGAAUGCAAACGGUGAUGGUCCUGCAUAUGACAGCAGACCUGUUUCGGCUAUUCUGAAAGAAAAACGUGCCCGUGAAGCUCAAGAAAUUUUGACUCAAUUGGCAAGCAAUGUUCAGUUGCAAAGCAGUCCUUUACCUCAAGGCAUGAAUGUCUCUGGACCUGUUUCCUCGGUUUCGUCAGAUGUCCUUAAAUUGCCACUACCUGCAGGGAAUUGUUCAAAUUCAAAUGAAGUUUUCAUUAUUGUUGGAUCCCCAAAAGCAGGAACAUCAAAAGUAAAUAGUCAGUCAAUUACAGUAUCCCAGGGAGCAUUUGACAUUAUGAGCAACACUCAGUUCCCCCCAAAUGUGACAGCACCAAUGCCAUCCUCAGUUCCAUUAACUUUGUUGCUAGCAAAACAAGAAGAAAUGCAAUUUCAAGGUAGUAGACAAUUGGACAGCAACUCACAGGACAAUUCAGAUUUAUCUGAUAAUGGCAAUAUCACUGACAAUGAUAUACAAAAAUCUGAUGAAUCUCAGGACAUGAUCAUUUCAAGAGACACUGACACACCAUCAGGAAGAAAACGCAAGUCCAGUGACAGAGAUGUGGAAAGUAAAACCAAAAGAAUGAAUUCCACCGACGUAAGAAAUGAAGAAGAUGAAGUGUUUCUUCCUCCUGGGGAAACACAGACAGCAGGAACAGUUGAUCCAAACUCAAAGACGAUGUCUGUGUUGGUUCAAGCUGAGGCAGUGUCUUGUGGCUGUGAGAAUCGUGCAUCUGGUGGCAAGUUGAGUGUGGAGAGUCUGGAGAGUGAUGCCUUGCUUGACAGUGCACCCAUGGCAGUGGACCAGGAUCUUGUUUCUUCUCUUUCAAAACCAAAUCUUCUCACAAGUCAGACUGCUUCUAUUGGCAUCAGUGCAAAGUCAAUGAGAUCAACACAAAAACAACUUCUGCAGCAAAAACUGCAGCUAGAUCAGCGCGUCAGUAAUUAUCUUAGUAAAGGUCAUAAAAGCAACAAGGAGAUAGAAUCGGUCACUCAGCAAUUGUCAGUAGUAGACAAAUCAAGGGUUGAGCAAAUACUGCAACAAUACAUUCAGCAUCAGCAAAAGCCUGAUGUGAAAUCAUGUGUAGCAUUUCCAAGCAAAUCAACCCCAAUGCCAAACAAUCAACCAGUAAACCUCUUGUCAUUACUUCAAAGACCUGUGUUUGAUAGUAAAAAGUCAGUGUUAAGUUCUGUAAGCAAAACAAAGGAAGUUUGUCUGAAUAUUGAGAAUUCAGGUCAGAGAAUGGCCUCUGAAGUAAGCACCCAGAUAGUGGUGAACAAGGAUACCCAACAAGUGAAUAGUAAUACUGUUGAUAUGUGUGAGGACAGUUCAGAUUUACCUUCAGAUGUUGCAGAUUUUAUAACAGAAAAUAUGGCUGCCAGAGACAAUUCGACUGGGCCAGUUGAUCCUGUGAAUCAACAAAUGAAAAGUAAACACACUGCUGGAACAUCCAACAAAGUGAGACACUUGCUACAAACAGAUCACCCUCAGAAUCAAAGCGAAUGUGAAACUGAUGAUGCAGGUAUCCGUGGAUCCACCGAGCAAUUUACUGUUCCAUCCACCCCACCCCCACGCCAGAAGGAGCUAACUAGUUCUAAGCCAAGGUUUGCUACAGUACAGAGGAGUGCCUCUCUACCAAUGUUUGCUCCACUUUUAGCCAAUAAUCAGUGCCAAACAUCUCUUAUGACACUUGGAAAAGGGCUGGAUAUGCCAGCACCCCCAAACAGAGUGAUAGAUUCAAAUUCACCACAGCCCUUGCUUCAAAAAUCGACAACUCCCAUAAGUUUUGCUAAUUGUGUCCGUCAUCCUUCUGGAAGGCAACGCCAAAAUUCAAUUGACCGUCUCAGUAACCAUACUCCGAUGUCAGAUGCAGGUUACCAUAGCUUUGAUGCAAGUCCUGUGAUGAAUUCUACACCAAUUCCUCCAGUAGGAACAAGUGAUAAUUUGACAAAUAAUGCCAGCAAUACAAGUACAAAUUCUGUGAGAUCUGAUUCAGCACAGAGCUUAGUUAAUGAGUCAGUUGUUGUGCAAAGUCCCAUACAACUGGCAUCACCUCAAGUUCACAGUGCACGGUCCACACCUAGUUCUAUUAUGUCGCCACAAAUGGCAUCCCAUAAUAGUAUCAACACAAGCCCGAGUGAGAACAUCACUUCUCCAAAUUCUUUUAUCCCAAUUCAGGGUGGACUGACAACGGGCUGUUCAACACUGAGUAGUCCACAGCUGGUGACUCCCAUCAAACCCAUGGUGACUGUAGCAGCUUCACCCAGUACAGUUUCAUCAGUUACAUUCAGUAGUAGUAUUUUGAUGCAGCUUACAUCAAAUAAUAAUGGAGAUCACAAGUCCAGUCUCCUCUUCCAUCACACACCCAAUAACCAGCAUAAGCAGAGGGACAUGAAGACAUCUUCAAACACCACAGAUGUCAAGGAGUCAAGUGCUAAAACUGGUGUUUUGCAUAAACUACUCAAUUCAAAGAGUUUGCCAAGCUAUGAAGAGGCUGUACACCACUUGGGCAGGAUCAACUUUGAGGAAAAUGGCACAAGUGGUACCACUGGGGUGACAUCAGUUGCAAAUCCUUGUUUAGAGACAGAAGUUCAAAAACAGGUUGUCAAAAGUGUCAAUGUGAGUAAGCCUGUGAAUGUUUCACUUACACGGUCAAUCAGUGUUUCUGAAAAUGAUUUAAAGCUAAAACCAGAUAACAGUCCGGACACCCAAGAUAGAACUACUACAGGAUCAGAUGGAAGACACAUCUCAACUAGUGAAUACCCCUUCUCUUAUCAACUUGCAUUACUUAGAGAAAAGUGUCUAAAUCCUCCUGGAAAGGAGAAUAAAAGUGAACAAGGUAAUAACAACAAAGGGCAAUCCGUCCAGAGAAUGUCUGCAGUGAACAUAAUGCCCUCAGAACUUAAAACCUUUUCAAAUGGUAAUAGUGCACUUGCCAAUGAAUCAAAAGAGACCAAAUUGCCUGAUCCCCAGCAAGUAGAUUCCACUGUUGAGGCAAAUGAUAACUUAAUUCAUGGUAAAGCUAAUGUAACACACCAUCAUUAUGGCACUGCUGCACAGAAACUUUCAUCAUUAAGCCAAAGCAUGCCUGUGUCAAGUACAAAUGCACGAUUGAAAGCAUCAACAACUGUGAUAAAACCAUCUGCAAGUCCAGCAUAUCCGCGCACAUUCUCUACAGAUUUGGUGCCUUCUAUUCCAUCCAAUGCAUUGUUAUCUACCAAUAAACCUAGGCAGCUGGCACCAACAGCAUUUGCUACUUUUGAUUUACCAAACGUCAACUAUAUGGGCAAUGCCCCUAAUAUUGACCUAGGGAGUAUUCUGCAAGGCAAACAGGGAGCAGGUGGAGGUCUUCAUACCGCCAGUGAUAGUGCUGGCGGUGACCGAAGCAGACUUACCUUGAUGCAGGCAUUACAGCCCACACAGACAAUAAAUGAAGAGGAGCUGCAGUCAACAUUAGAGAUCCUUCGCAGUCUCGACAGUCAGUAUUUCUCUCAGUCUGACCUAGACCUAGACACCAUGCAGCCCUCUCUACAGCAAUCACAUCAAUCUUCAUCUCAGCAUGAACUGCAGCUUCAGUCACAGGCCCUUUCUGUUAACCAAAUAGACCAGGAUGGUGCUGCAAACUCAAGUGCUUCCUCUGAUACUCAAGAACAAAAGAGUAGCAUGAGGUCAUUUACAAAUAAUGUGUCCAGCAGAUAGCUCUUAGCCAUUUUUGCUCACUCCAUGUUAUCAAAGCAGCUAUGCGGUUGAUAACUUGAUCAUAAAACUUUAUAAUUAUUAAGAAGAUGACAAAUGCAUGGCUUGUGAUCAUCUUAAAUUAUUAUGGCAAUUGUCAGUUGUACAUUCAUGUUGAUAGCCAAGUUGAUGAACAGUGUGUUGUGUGUUUGGGAAACAGUUCAGAUCUGUAGCUUCUUGUCCAAAGUAAUCAUUCCCUAUAAUAGCAUACCUUUUUGAGAUGUGUGUACAUUUUUCAAAAAUAACUCAUGAUAUUGCAAAACAUGGCAUGGUACCUAGUUGAUCAACAAGACAGGGUCACAGUAUUGGACCAACAAAUCAUUGUUACUAAUUUUAUUAUAUCAGUAGUGAAUACAGUUACCUUUUGUAUCAACCCAACAUUAAAUGAUCUGACAAUCUGUCUAAUCUGA